AUUUGAAUUCUUCAAGGUAAAAAUUAAAAUACGAUAGUCUACAAGGAUUGGGGGUAAUCGCAAAUACAGAACAACAGAUCAGAGUAUGACACGUGGCGAAAUCUGAAAGAGAGUUAUAAUGAAAGAGAAACGCGUUCCGAGUCCGACAUCUUCUCUCUCUCUCUCUCUCUCUCUCUCCCUGAAGUGAACUGUUGUUGUGCUCUUUGGUUUCAUCGAGAGAGAACCUAAACCCGAUCUGAACCAAUAACAAGAAGAAGAAGAAUGGCGUCUUCGUCGUUCUCAGUCACGUCUCCGGCUGCUGCUUCCGUCUAUGCAGUCACUCAAACCUCGUCGCACUUCCCAAUCCCAAACCGCUCUCGCAGAGUUACUUUCCGUCUCUCUGCUAAGCCCAAGCUUCGCUUUCUCUCCAAGCCUAGUCGCAGUAGCUACCCUGUGGUGAAGGCACAAUCUAACAAGGUUAGUACUGGUGCAUCAUCAAAUGCUGCCAAAAUUGAUGGGCCAUCAGCAGCUGAAGGAAAGGAGAAAACCUCGUCGAAGGACUCGUCUUCUUCUUCAUCUUCUUCACCUGAAUUAGCGACAGAAGAGUCUAUUUCUGAGUUCCUUACCCAAGUAACAACUCUUGUCAAGCUUGUGGAUUCGAGAGACAUCGUUGAGUUGCAGUUGAAACAACUCGACUGUGAACUAGUCAUUCGUAAAAAAGAAGCCUUACCUCAACCUCAAGCUCCUGCAUCUUAUGUUAUGAUGCAGCAACCAAAUCAACCAUCUUAUGCACAACAAAUGGCUCCUCCCCCUGCACCUGCUGCUGCCUCACCAGCCCCUUCUACGCCAGCCUCCCUGCCUCCACCAUCCCCACCUUCUCCAGCCAAAUCAUCGCUUCCUACUGUUAAAAGCCCCAUGGCUGGCACAUUCUACCGUAGUCCUGCUCCUGGUGAACCACCCUUUAUUAAGGUUGGAGACAAAGUGCAGAAGGGGCAAGUUCUAUGCAUUGUUGAAGCCAUGAAGUUAAUGAAUGAAAUAGAGUCUGACCAUACAGGAACCGUAGUCGAUAUUGUCGCAGAAGACGGCAAGCCUGUCAGCCUCGACACUCCUCUGUUUGUGGUUCAACCAUAGAAUCGGCACCAUGAGAAAUGGAGAAAAGAAGCUCUACUAAAAUCAAUCUCUGUGCUUUGGUAAAACAAUUUGCUGAGACUUCUAAAAAUGUUUCCCCUUCGUUGUCACUGUUAAAGUCUGUUAGGUUUCUUAGUUUGGUGAGGAAGAAUCAGUUAUUAGUUUCUCUCUUUUCGUUAAAAAAAGAUGAGACAUUUUUUUGCAUUAAAUCUGUUUUUAUUUCUUUCCUAUGUAAUACACGAACUCUUCUUGUUCUGUUGUUCUAUUACAAUUUUUCCAAUUUCAGAA